AUGUAUCAACUAUAUAUACGAAAUUGUAAUAUUAAACAAUUAUCAUAUAUGAAACUACAUCUUGCAGAAUGUGUUAAAAAGCAAUUGAAAUUAGUUAAAAAUGAUUUGAUAAAAUUAUUGGUAAAAAAUAAAAAUGCAACACAAAUAAUUCAAGAAAAAAUCGAAACAGUAGAUAAACAACAAGAGAUGUUAAAUAGUGAUAUGAUAACAAUAAAAUUAACUCUAAAUGAUAUACGUUCACAAAUCUGUUUAUUAGACAAUAAAUUUCAAUCGAGUUUAUCGUCGUUAGAAGAGAAGUUAAAAGCAUACGAAAAAUCAAAUAAUGAUAAUUUCGAUAAAAUAAGGGUAUUACGAGAUAAACAUGAACAAAAAUUACAAGUUUCAAUAAAUGAAAAUGAUCGUCUAACAAAGUUUAAAUUAAAUGCAUUGAGUAAUACCACUAGUACAACGCAAACAGAUUUAAUUGAAUUGAAAUCAAAAUCUGACCAAACCCAGAGAAAGACGAACGAAAGUCAGAAAAUUUUACGAUAUAAUAUUGAUGAAGCAAAUAAAAGUAUUCAAAAAUUGGAAUCCCUACACAUUGUUCAUAGUCUUAAAUUAGACACAAACGAUACAUUAUUACAAUGA